GCGCGGGGUGGGGGGUGGGGGGGAGGGAGAGCCCUGCCGGCGGCGGCUGCCCAGGCUCCGGACUCGGGGAGAGCGAGCGAGAAGUAGGAGCAGGCGGAGGAGGAGAGAAAGGAGAAGGAAAGGAAGGAGGAGGAAGAGGAGGAGGAGGAGGAGAGGAGCUGGGGAGGCGCUCUGGUCGCCGUCAGUGGGCAGCGGAGACGCGGCAUGCCCCUGGCAGGGGAGAGCGGGCUGUCCGCAGCUGGGCCAUGGGGACCCGCGCUGUGACAAUGCCUGGGUGAGAGGAGCAGCGCCAGCCACCCCGCCACCUCCACCACCAUCACCUCCUGCACUCAGCUCACCACCGGCCACCAGCCCCAGCCUCCUCCGACUGCCUCUCUCUCUCUCUCUCCCUCUCUCUCUCUCUCCAUUAUUGUUUUCCACUCUACAGAGGAUGGGGUCGGCUUAUGAUUAGGUCGGGAGCAAGUCAGAUCUUCCUCCAAAGCCUGGUAAUAUUUAUGUAGUCAAAAGAGAGAACAGAGGGAGAGAGGGAGAGAGAGAGGGAGAGAGAGAGAGAGAGAGAGAACCGGGAGGAGGGGAUAAGGAAAUUAAACCCUUUAAGUCAAUGCAUAUUGUGGUGACACCGGCACAGGAGCCCUCACGGUGGAGUCGGCCAGGGCUGUGCGUUCCCAAAAUAUGACCAGGGGUGCUUGGAUGUGUCGGCAGUAUGACGACGGCUUAAAAAUCUGGUUGGCAGCACCCCGGGAGAACGAGAAACCGUUCAUCGAUUCAGAGAGGGCUCAGAAAUGGCGACUGUCUCUGGCAUCUCUCUUGUUUUUCACAGUCCUGCUCUCUGAUCACUUGUGGUUCUGCGCCGAGGCCAAGCUGACCCGGACCCGGGACAAGGAGCAGCAGCAGCAGCAGCAGCGGCAGCAGCAGCAGCGGCGGCAGCAGCAGCAGCGGCAGCGGCAGCAGGAGCCCUCCUGGCCCGCGCUCCUGGCGAGCAUGGGGGAGCCCUCGCCCGCCGCCCAGGCACACAGACUCCUCUCCGCCUCCUCGUCCCCCACCCUGCCCCCCUCCCCGGGAGACGGCGGCGGCGGCAAGGGCAACCGAGGCAAAAACAACCGGAGCAAGGCUCUUUUUCUAGGAAACUCUGCCAAACCCGUGUGGCGCCUGGAGACGUGUUACCCCCAAGGCGCCUCCUCGGGCCAGUGCUUCACGGUGGAGAGUGCGGACGCCGUGUGCGCCAGGAACUGGAGUCGGGGGGUGGCGGCCUCGGGGGAGGAGCAGCAGGUGAGGGGGACGCAUCCAACUCCGCUCUGGAACUUGUCGGAUUUUUACCUUUCGUUUUGUAAUUCCUACACACUUUGGGAGUUGUUCUCGGGGUUGUCCAGUCCCAACACUUUGAACUGUAGUCUGGAUGUGGUGCUCGAGGAGGGCGGCGAGAUGACCACUUGCAGGCAGUGCGUCGAGGCUUAUCAAGACUACGACCACCACGCUCAGGAGAAAUACGAAGAGUUUGAGAGUGUGCUCCAUAAAUACUUACAGUCGGAGGAGUACUCGGUGAAAUCGUGUCCUGAGGACUGUAAGAUUGUCUACAAAGCCUGGCUGUGUUCCCAGUACUUUGAAGUCGCUCAGUUUAACUGCAGAAAGACAAUUCCUUGCAAGCAAUACUGUUUGGAGGUUCAGACGAGGUGUCCGUUUAUUUUACCCGACAAUGAUGAAGUCAUCUACGGGGGACUCUCCAGCUUCAUCUGUACAGGGCUCUACGAAACCUUUCUCAGCGCCGAGGACCCCGCGUGCUGCGACGUCCGGAGAGAGGAGCGCCCGAGCCAGCCCCCGCCAGGGACGCGGGGCCCCGGCAGCCCCCGGCACAGGACGUCGCUCGCGGCGUCGGCGGCGGGCAGGGCGGGCGCCGGCAGACUGAGGCUGUGCGUGCUCGUGCUCGUGCUGCUGCACACCGUGCUGGCGGCCUCCGCGGCGCACAACGGCACGGCGCCCGGCUGCGGCGGCGCGCACGCACUGCCCGGGCCCUCGCCGCGCGACGAGUAGCCGCGCCCCGCCCCCGCCCCGCC